AUGCGAGUGAGUCUCGUCAGGGGCUUUCAACUCGCUCGGUCCAUCCAGAAACUCAUCAAUAAUGGAGUCGAUCGUCAUACCGAUGGAGUGAACCGUACCGAUCGAUGUAUUUAUAUGCAGCAAUUGAUCGACAAAUAUUCGAUGGAUCUGGACGUGAAGCUGCCACCGAAAGAGACACGGAUGGAUAACUUGACAGUAGUGUACACUGGGUCCGCGGGCUCCCUAGGAAGCUAUAUAUUACAGUCUCUCAUUGACUCGCCCCGCAUAUCCAAGAUCAUUUGUCUGAACCGAUCAGCGGAUGGACAGAGGAGACAGACAGCUGGUAAUAAGUCGAGAAAUUUGUCCAUCCCGUGGGAGUUACACGGCGACGCAACAAAAUCGGUUGUCUUUUUAACAGCAGAUCUAUCUAAACCUGAUCUUGGUCUUGGAGAAGCGAUAUAUGGCCAACUCCUAGUUACAGUCGACGAAAUGAUCCAAAACGCCUGGAAAGUUGAUUUCAACCACACAAUCGAGUGA